AUAGGGAUAUGUAGCUGCAGAGCUAAUGCACUUGAUACCAGAGCCUUUGCAAGUUUCCUAGUAACCGACCAAACAGUCUUAAUGUGUUCCCCAAUCCAUUGCCUUCCUUGUUUUUCACUUUAUCAAGACUUUGCAUUUUCAGCAGUAAGUGAUUUUUAAAUCAAGAGCUAAAAAAUAUAUACAUAUUUACAUACAUACAUAAUUUUUAUACUUUACUUAUUUUCAAAAUUUCAUUAUCUACUAAAAUAACUACUGCUGCACUUGACAGACAAACGUCAUAAAUGUUGAAGAUUCCAAUUGUAACGAAAGGCGACAUAAAUGAAUCCGCUAAACUACAGAGGCGUGCUCAAUAUGAAGAGGAACGCAAAGGCCGUAUAUUUAAUGCAAAGCAGAGAUUAUUUGGUUUAGAUUUGGAGGCUCUGGAACGUCAAAUUGCUGAGAAAAAGAAACAAAGACAGGUUGAUGCGGAAUGUGAAAGCCGCUAUGAAGACCAGACACAACGUCAGCAACUUGCCGUUUACGCGAAAUCACUGGAAAUGGAUAAACGGAAGCGUGUGGCCGAAGCAGAUCUCAAUUACUAUCGCUGCCGCUUUCAGCGCAAAGAUCAGCGGCGCGAAUUCGAUUUAAAUGACCCGAACUGGAUUAAGAAGGCCUUACCUGCGCGUGUAGCAGACGACGACACACGUCUGGGUAUUUCCAGUGCCCAAGUUUUUUCCGGCGAAGAUCUUGGCCAUAGCGAGCGUAAAUUACGACAACAAGCUCAACAACGUGCCUGGUUAGAUCAGCAAGUCCAAGAACGCAAACAAGCUGAGGAGGCCCGCAUUAAAGCCGACUUAGUGAUGCAAGAGUCAAUAGCCUCACGCGAUAAACGUCUCGAGGAUAUGGCAAACGCAGAACGGAAGAUACGCAAUCAGAUGACUGCAGUCAUUUAUGAUUUCAAUUCGCAACUAGCAAAGUCUAAACGGUUCGACCGUGUUCGUUCGAAAAAGGAAAAUAGCGAAGAUGAUCUUGCCGAAAUCUAUAAUAUGCUUACUAGUGAUAUGUUAACUGAAAAUCCGGAUGUUGCACAGUCGCGUACGCAUCCUAAUAAGAAAAUAGCAUUUAUGUAUCGAGGUAUGACCGAUGAUGAGCUGGUGAGCUUUCGUAAGGAGCAGUUACAACAAAAAAUCCUUAACAAGAAGAAGCAAACUGAGCAGCAGCUCAUGGACAAACAGUGGGAACAAUAUGCUCUUAAUAUGGAUCGCGAGUUGAUGUUAAAGCAGCUGGAGUUGGAACGAAAACAAAAGCAACUUUUGGAUGAUCAUUUACGCCACAACGCUCGACUUGCAGAUGAACAAAGAGUGCAAAAUGAUAUUACAAAUAAUAUUUUAAACAAAAAUUACGUAUCUAAGGAGUUUUAUGAUCAGUUUAACAAAACUUCACGUUAAAAUGAGGAUUAUUUGUUCAAACGAUUCAAAAUUGAUCAUGAAAAUUUGCAUCACAUUCAGAUUGAUUUACUACUGGUGUAUUUAGAGAUAAAAUAUGACUAUUGCUUAUGCAUUUAAAUAUACAAAAAUGAGUAUAUCGUAGAUAUGUAGAUGUGCACCAUUCGCUCGAGAAUCAUUAUGUAUUUCAACCAAGUUAAACACACACAUGUAUAUGAUAAAUUUCAUCUUUUGAGUGGAACAGGAAUCAAAAGAGAAUAUGCUUGCUUCAUGCAUGACAAUGUUUUACGACAGCUGAAGAAAUCAUCCCUUAAUAUGUUCUGCAAUGGGGAAAAGCCGAAGUGGCGGGAAAGCAUUUGAACACAAGAGGGCGAAUAGCGAAAUUUGUUUAUAAUGGACAGUUUUUGUUGUAUCACUUUGAAAUUAGUUCUAACAACACCUCCAUUUUAUCAUUGACAUUGCGCCGCACUGAAUAUUGAACGAGCAAGACAGACAGUGUUGCCAUUUUGGUGCUUUUGCAGCUAGAUUUAGCUCUUUAUUUUUCUAUUUAGCUCCGCAUGC